CAGUGGCAAUGCAGCCCGUUGUUGACGACGAUUUGCUGGCGAUGCUGCUUCAACAACUGCCGCCGGGGUUUCGAUUUCAUCCAACCGAUCGAGAGCUGAUCGGGUUUUUCUUGACAAGGAAAAUUGCUGCUUCUUCGUCUUCAGUUGCUGCUGCUCCCAGUUCCCUGAUCAAAGAUUUUGAUGUCUACUCCACCGAACCCUGGAAUUUACCUAGUGAUUUACUUCUGAUCCAGAGUGAAGAGAAAGAGAUGUAUUUCUUCUCCCCUAGACAUCCAACAAGCACAAGCUCUAAAAGGGUUAACCGAACUGCUGGUUGUGGAUUUUGGCAUGGGAGUGCAGGUGACACGGCGAUUAUGGUUGGAAGUGAAGUUAUUGGCUACAGAACACAACUGACUUUUAAGACCCGCGGGAAGGAGAAGAAGAAGAUUAAUGGUGACUGGAUUAUGCACGAAUUUCACUUGCACUCCUCUUCUGACGAUACAGUGUUCGAUGACAUGGUAUUGUGCAGAAUCUACAUGAAGAAGGUAAAGAAGAGUUCUCAAACGAAUGAACAGGAAGAUGCUAUUUCUGUUCCUGCAGGUGAACAAGAGGCAGUAGCUGAAGGGCACAGAGUGAUGAAGAGGAAAAGGGCUGAUCAUCAUGAGAUGGGAACCUAUGGAGUAGUGUACAACAAGUCAUCUGACCAAAAUGCGUCAUCAUUGCCCAAAUUGCCUCCAUUGCCAUCUUUUGAAGAAUCAAAUGUUCAGUCAGAUAUGUGUUGCGUCAAUGUUGCAGUUUUUGAUGAAAAACAAAAAAACGAGGAGGAAAAAGAGGGAAGGAUGCUUGUGAAGAGAAUGCGGGUCGAUGAAAAUGAAUCUCUGGUUGCUGAUUGUAGUGAAAAAAGAAAAUCUGUGCCUGCGAAUACUGAACCAUCAUCUUUAUUGUUGCUAGAGGACGCACACGCUUUAGUAUCUUAUGGAGAUAUGGAAGAUAUCUCUUCGUUGACAUUGGAUGUGGGUUCCAUCGUUGUUAGCGAUAGUGAGUUAUCAGAAGCACAAAGAGGCCUGGAGCAAUGGCUAUCAGAGGAACCGGAACAACAUAAAUGCUGGAUCACUGUUAACAAUGAAAGAGGAAACUAUGAGGAGGAGAACAAUGCUGAGUCAACCAUCCCUCUGUCACCAUCCAAUGAAGGCCUUCAAGCCAACCUACACUUGACUAAUGGAUUGUGUGCCACUCCUCCACAAGAGGACGAUAUGUAUUUUGAUAUCUCUGACUUUAGAUUCUUGUUAUCACCCACUGACGAAGGUCAGUCAUCUUCCUUGUUAGAGUCUAACAAAGAAUCUGAAGGUUUCGACUUAUUGACAUCAGAUAUGACUUGGGAUAGGCUAUUACAGAGAGGAGAGAAAUGAGCCAAGGAACCUGAACAACAAGAAGGCUUGAUAACUAAUAUUCCAUGGCCUGUCGAUUCCACUGAAUGUUUGGAUAUGAAAUCCGACGACUUGUUACGUAGUGGUGAACUGCCUAGUCCUUCAAUGCUCUCUCAACUUCUGAUCAUCCAAGCUGAGGGCUUUUUUUCACACACGGAAGAUAAUUUAGAUUGGUGACAUUAUUGUAUGAUGUUACAUCUGUGUAAAGAUUUUUUUUCUUUAAUAAAAUUAUUUAAUUCUUUUCUC